GUCAGCAUCAUGGAUCAGAAGGAUUCUCUGGUAAACGGAAGCGUGCUGAUCAUCCACCAGAUCCAAGAUGGAAAACACCGGUAUGAAGUGGACAAUGUUGUCAAGGACAAAAAAGCAAGUGGAGGAAAACCGUUUGUCAGAGGAGACAAGCUGAUGCAGAUAAAUGGCAAAGACUUGCAGGAUCUCACACCUGAGGAGUUGGCACAGACAUUAGCUGAGGGUAAUCCAAUGCUGACGGUGCACAAUAGGGCCAAGAUAAAGGAGCCCAAUAAUCUGCCCGACCCAGGUGAGGACUUUUUAUAUCCAGUCUCCAAGGAGACCAGAGUUUUAAAUUUCAACAUGGAAAUGAUGAGAGAGGAAGUCCCGGAGCAGAGUGACGGGAGGAAGGAGGAAGAAGGAGGGGAGGACGGAGCAAUAGAGGAGGAUGUUUGCCAGCCUGAAGAUAAGCAGAACGGACAGGAGGAGCAUCUGCUUGUCAUUUCUCUGACGAAAACUAGUAUCUCUGUUGUGAAAGGGAGGGGAUGUGACGAUGGGAGCACCUGUCAUGACGUAGUGGUGGUGGCAGAAUCCAGCACGGUGACGCUUGUUCCAAGGGGAACUUUCAGACAAGACAGGACGCAAAAUGUUAUGGUCGAAUGUGUGGCUUCCCAGCAAUACCUGAGAGGCAUCUGUUCACAGAAGACAGUCUAUGUUUCACCGAACCCAGAGAAUAUCACCAUCUACUACUACAGGUCAACCAGCAGAUUAUUCACAGGGAUACCAGUGGUCCUGAACUUCACAGGGUCCAACUGCUUCCUCAGGUGCUGCAAAGAAGGACCGAAAGUGCUCCUACAAGUCGAGACAUGUGACAAAAAGAUGCUGAAGAAGAUCUCCGAGGAUGACAAGAGCACCCUUUCGUUCGUCUUCUAUAUGAAGGGUCCCCGGUCAGAGCUGACGUUUGAGUCAGUGCUGCACCGUGGCUGGUUCAUCCAGAUAGUUAACACAGAUGAAGUGGAAAUGGCAACCCUGGAUGGACGGAAAAUAGAUCAAUCAUUCCUAUUCAUCAUUCAGAAGUGAUGGAGAGUUGGCAUCUCCCCAGAUGUAUACCCACUUUUCAGUCAAAGCAGUUAAACCUUUAAAAUCAAGACAUGAAGGUUCAAAAACUGAAACCAAAAACAUAAAGAAUAACUCUCUUUUGUGAGCCUUCAGUGACACAGACUCUGCUAUCACUGUGUCAAAUUCUGCUAUUGCAGAAGAGCGUAGAUAUGUAUCAUACAAUAUAUGAAAGAUUUUUAUUUUAAUGUAUUUGUGUUGCUGUGGUUCAGAUAGGUGACACUAUUUUUGGUAUUCUGUCACUUACAGUGAUCUCACAAGCAAAAGUGCUUUCUG